AUGGAGGAUCAGACUGCAGUGGCCCUUACAACCAAGCAGCUUUGGCACAUGAGAAAUAAAUGGGUUUUCGAGUCUCAGUUCCUUUCCCCCCAACAAGUUACCAAGCAAGUUUCCACAAGCUUACCAGAGCUUCACAUGCUUAAGGGGGUCCAAGAAAAAAAGGUAUCUCUGGCCUCAUCCCCAUCUCAGUGGUGCAAACCUUUCUUCAAUCACUACAAAAUCAACUGGGAUGCAGCCAUCCAUAAAGUUCAUUGCAGGGUAGGUACAGGAGUGGUCAUUAGGGACUGGAAUGUUUGUGUCACUACCACCUUAAGAUCCACCUGUGCCUCCUUCCUUGACCCUUUGCUAGGGGAAGCCAUUGCAGCACUGAGAGCAGUUAAAUUCUGUGCUGAACUAGGCCUGAGAACUAUCAUCCUUGAAGGAGACUCAUUGAACGUGGUGAAUGCCAUCAAUGGACAGGAGGAAAGUUGGAGUUUAGUUGGUCUUCUCAUCUUGGAUAUCAAGAAGCUAUUGAAACAAGUAGGAGUAUGGCAAGUUAAACAUGUUCCUCGACAGACCAAUGCAGUGGCUCACUGCUUGGCCAAGAGUUCACUAGACCUCCCUGAGAAGUCUAUUCAUGUAGAGGAUUAUCCUCAUUGUAUUCACAACCUCCUUGGUUGA